AUGACGGAAGCACAUAUCUCCCUUAUACCAAAAGAAGGGAAAGAUCCUAAACAAUGCUCCAACUACAGGCCCAUAUCCCUCCUAAACAUAGACCUCAAGCUCCUAGCCAAGAUGUUAGCCAAUAGGCUAGCUGUCCUCCUUCCCCACCUUAUACACGGAGAUCAGGUUGGCUUCAUCCGGGCUAGAGAAGGCAAAGACAACACCUCCAGAGUGAUCAAUGUUAUCAGCCAUGCCAAAAGACUUUCCUCCCCCUUGCUUCUCCUUAGUACCGACGCGGAGAAAGCAUUCGAUAGAAGAAAUCUGACUGUGGUCACAGACUUUUUUCUCUUGGGAUUUCAAGGCAGACAACUUUUUAGAAAUGUUCUCUUCCUUCUGUUCCUUCUUGUCUUUGUUGCCACAAUAUGUGGGAAUCUCCUGAUCAUCACCCUGGUGUCCACCAGCAAGAACCUCCAGACUCCAAUGUACUUCUUCAUCUCACAAUUGUCCAUCAGUGACAUCUUAUUAUCCACAGAUAUUGUCCCCAACCUGCUCCACAUCCUACUGAAUAAUGGAGGAACCAUCAGUUUUAUUGGUUGUAUGAAUCAGCUUUAUUUUUUCUUAACCCCCGAGGCAUUUGAAGCUCUUCUUCUCGCUGUGAUGUCUUAUGACAGAUAUGUGGCCAUCUGUAAUCCCCUCCGUUAUGCCGCUAUCAUGACUAAUAGAUUUUGUAUUAACUUAAUCACUAUAUGUUGGUUGUUGGAUACUUUUAUUACAUUUACUGUGACUAUAACAUUAUCCAAGCUAAACUUUUGUGAGUCAAAUAUCAUUGACCAUUUAUUCUGUGACCUUGUCCCCUUACUAGAACUUUCCUGUUCUGACACCUUCUCUGUUCACUUGGAGAUCUUUGUUUUGGGAGCUCCAUCUAUAAUGGUCCCAACCGCAAUCAUUGUAGUGUCUUAUACUUACAUUGUGAUAUCAGUCUUAAGGAUCCCAUCCAGUACUGGUAGACAGAAAGCCUUCUCCACCUGUAGCUCCCACCUCAUUGUGGUCUCCAUAUUUUACUGGACUAUAUUCAGUGUUUAUGUUCUUCCAAACAGUAUACAAACACGAGUUACUGAUAAAAUCCUCUCCCUGCUGUAUACUGUAUUUACUCCAUUUAUUAACCCCGUUAUAUACAGUCUGAGGAAUAAAGACAUUAAGGAGGCCGUACAGAAAGUAUUCCAUAAACAUGUCAUGUAA